AUGGCGAAUGGAGGUUUCCCUUUUCAAAUGCCGAUGCUCACAAAGAACAACUAUGAUAAUUGGAGUAUCAAGAUGAAGGCGCUACUAGGAUCUCAAGAUGAGUCAAGAAAGAGAGACAAGAAAGCUCUCUUCCUCAUUUAUCAAUCGGUGGAUGAAGAUACUUUUGAGAAGAUAUCCAACGCAACGACGGCCAAAGAAGCAUGGGACAAGCUUCAAACUUGCAACAAAGGAGUUGAGCAGGUAAAAAAGAUUCGUCUUCAAACUCUUAGAGGUGACUUUGAAGGUUUGUUUAUGGAGGAGUCCAAGUCAAUUUCUGAUUAUUUUUCUCGAGUAUUAGCCGUAGUCAAUCAACUUAAAAGAAAUAGUGAAGAUGUUGAUGAUGUGAAAGUCAUGGAGAAAAUACUUCGCACUUUAAAUCCAAGUUUUGACUUCAUUGUUACCAACAUUGAAGAAAACAAGGAUUUAAAGACCAUGACCAUUGAGCAAAUCAUGGGUUCCUUACAAGCAUAUGAAGAAAAACAAAAGAGAAAAACUAAACAAAAGGAGGCUAUAGAGCAACUACUACAACUCAACAUAAAGGAAGCAAACUAUAUAAACUACAAGAGCCAAAGAGGACGAGGUCGUGGCCAAGAUCGUGGACGUGGACGAAGACGUGGAGGAGAAGGAAGAGGAGGUUACAACAACUACUCUAACAACUUCAACAAUGGAGAAAGAAGUUGGAAUCCACAAGCGACAAGAGGUCGUGGAAGAGGAAAUUCAUGGUUGAGGUACGAAAAAUCACAAAUCAAGUGCUUCAACUGCAACAAGGUUGGUCACUAUGCAUCCGAGUGUAGAUUCUCAAAGAAGGUUGAAGAGAAAGCUAACUUUGUAGAAGAAAAAGUUGGAGAAGAAGAAACUUUGCUACUCGCAUGUCAAAACCAAGUUGAAGAGAAAAGAAACAAGUGGUACCUCGAAACUGGUGCAAGCAACCACAUGUGCGGCGAUUGA